AUGCUCCAAACUGGCAAGGAGAUGAAAAAAGAAAAUCACUCGGAGGUUACUGAGUUUAUUCUCUCAGGACUGACAGAUCGUCCGGAGUUGCAGGUCCCCCUGUUUGGGGUGUUCCUACUGAUUUAUGGUAUCACCCUUUUGGGGAAUGGGGGGAUGAUCUUGUUAAUUACAAUUGACACCCGACUCCACACCCCCAUGUACUUUUUCCUCAGGAAUUUGUCUUUCUGUGACCUCUGCUAUUCUUCGAUAAUUUCCCCUAAAAUGCUGCUGAAUUUCUUAGCCGAGAGGAAAAGCAUUUCUUUCACUGCCUGUGCUGUGCAAAUGUAUCUCUCUAUCGUUUUUUCAGAUGUUGAGUGCCUCUUGCUUGCUGUGAUGGCGUAUGACCGUUAUGUGGCCAUCUGUAACCCGCUGCUCUAUACGGUCACCAUGUCCAGGCAGCUUUGUAAACAGCUGGUGUCUGGUGUGUAUGCUGUGGGGUUGGUGGAUUCAAUGAUACACACGUGUUGUACAUUUCAUCUGUCAUUCUGCAGCUCCAAUAUCAUCAAUCAUUUCUUCUGUGACAUCCCCCCGCUGUUAGUGCUCUCCUGUUCUGACACUUGCAUCAAUGAGAUUGUGACGUUUGCCUUCAUAUGCUGCAUUGUGGUGAGCAGCCUUGCGACAAUCCUCCUCUCUUAUCUCUAUAUCGCUUCCACCAUCCUGCAGAUCCACUCCGCAACGGGCCGACGCAAAGCCUUCUCCACCUGCACUUUCCACUUAACUGCUGUUGCCCUUUAUUUUGGCACCCUCCUCUUCAUGCACUUACGUCCCACCUCCAGCUAUUCCAUGGACACAGACAAAAUGUCCUCAGUGUUUUACUCGCUGGUGAUCCCCAUGUUGAACCCCCUCAUCUACAGCCUGAGGAACACGGAGGUAAAGGAUGCUUUGAGGAAAGCAAUAAUAAACAAAAGUUAUUUUAUUAAGUAUAAAAAGUUGGAUUAAAGUGGGUUUAAGUCGUAACAGAUAGAAUAAAAUAAAUCACAAAGUAAAACAAGCAAGGCUAAGCUUAAUACACUCAGAAAUCAGUUACAAAUGUUAACUUCU